GUCAACGUUUCAGACUUCUAAGGUUACUCUCUUUUAUAUUUUGUGGAUCUACAUUCUUGCUUGUUGUAAUCAAACAAUCCAAUUUUAUUCCUUCUGUAGCAAAGAAAAUGCAGCCGGAAAUCAUCCUUCUCUCACUUUUUUUCAUAGGAUUAGCAUCUGCAGAUCUUCUUCAGAAUCCAGAUUUUGAAUCUCCACCAUCAAACUUGACAGGAAAUUCCAACUCCUCAGUUGUGCCAUUGAGCCAAAACAACACAAUUCCUGGAUGGACAUUUGAAGGUACCGUGAAUUAUGUAAAAGCUAGUCAAAACAUAUCAUUGCCAGGGAAUGGACAUGGCAUACAAUUGGGUCAAGAUGGCAAAAUCAACCAAACUUUCACUGCUAAUGGCAAUAUCAUAAAUUACUUGCUUACCUUCACGUUGGCCCCAGGAGGUCAAAAUUGUUCAGCCAACGCUGAUAUAGUAGUGUCAGCCCCAGAUAGUACCAUGGUCUUUUCUUGGAAGCAACAUUAUGGGAAAACAUGGGAGAGCUAUGGUCACUACUUGGGUAGUUGGGGUGAGGGAGAGCCUAUUAAUCUUGUGUUUCAAAGCCAAACCACAGAAACUGAUCCCAACUCCAUAUGUUGGCCUGUGCUUGAUACGCUUCUCCUUAAGGGCAUUGCAGAAUCUUUUGAAGCCACUGAUAACCUAUUGCUAAAUGGAGGAUUUGAAUACGGUCCUGAUUUCUUGAGUAACUCUACUGAGGGAAUUCUGCUUGAUCAAACACCAAGUCCUGUUCAAUCCCCAUUACUACUAUGGUCUGUGCAAGGAACUGUCAAAUACAUAGACUCCAAACACUACUUUGUCCCACAAGGCAAUGCUGCUAUAGAGAUUGUCUCAGGAGUUUCAUCUGGCAUACAAAUACCAACAAUUCUUAACGAAGGCUCUACCUAUAACUUGAAUUUCACAUUGGGAGAUGCUAAUGAUACUUGCGUGGGAGAUUUCUUAGUAGGGGCUCUAGCAGGAUUGACCGCCCAGAAUUUCUCGCUGAAGAGCAAUGGGACUGGCUCGGCUGAGAAAUUCUCUUUGACAUUCAAGGCAGGUCCAAGUCCAACUUUAAUCAGUUUCCUCAGCUAUAAAACAAGCCAGACAAAAGAUGGUGUGUUCUGUGGUCCUUUGAUCGAUGAUAUGGUUUUGCUUUUGCGUGCUUCUUCUGGCUUGAAACUAGAAAUGCAUUUGAAGGUUCUGAUUUCUCUUUAUAUACUGGUAACCAUUCUACAAAUACAUUGGAGAUGACAUCAAGCACUGUUUAAAAAACCAACUUAACAGCCUUGCUCAUGUUUGAAGUUAGUUUGAGAUUGUAUUGGGUAUGUUAACCUUUUUGUUGCUGAGGAAUGUUAAUUGCGGACUUUCUGUGCUUGUAAUAUUAUAUUGUUGAUUAAUUAUUGUUAUGUUUGUGAUGGU